UCGGUCCUGGUCUCGGCCCCGGUCCCGGUCCCGGUCCCAUCGGUGCCGAUGGCGACGCGGGGCGCGGGUCCGUGGCUGCUGCUGGCGGCGGUGCUGUGCGCGGCGGCGGAGCCCCGGUGCCCGUCGUGCGGUGCCGGUGCGGAGCGGCGGCUGCUGGAGGAGGCGGCCAAGCGGCAGCUCCUGGAGAAGCUGCGGCUCCGGGAGCGGCCGAGGCUCGCCCACGCCGUGCCCCGAGCCGCCGUGGCCCGCGCCGUGCGGCGCCUGCAAGCGGCCGGUGCUCGCCGGGGCCCCGACGCCGAGGAGCGGGGCUACGAGAUCAUCAGCUUUGCCGAGCCAGAGCCCACAUCUCCCUCUCGCGUGGGGCUGCAGUUCCAGUUCACUCACACGCAAGACCAGGACGUUCACAUCCUGCAAGCUCAACUUUGGCUCUACCUGCAAGUUCCCCAAGACUUGGUAGCCAACCUUACCCUGAGCAUCUUCCUGGCUGGUGGGGACGGUGACACGGUGGGGGGAAAUCGCGCGUUGCUGAGUGAGCGUCGACUGAGCGCCAAGGGCAGCGGCUGGCGCACCUUCUCCCUCAUGCCUGCCCUGCAGAGUUUCUUUAGGGGAGAACACAGGACCCUGCGGCUGGAACUGGAAAGCCGUGGGGACAGGGGUGAUGUGGUGGCCAUAGUCAAUACCACCCAGUCCCAUCAGCCCUUCUUGGUGGCCGAGGCUAAGGUGCGGGAGCCGGGACACCGUGUGGCCAAGCGCAGCCUCCGCUGCAGCCAGAACUCCAACCUCUGCUGCCGCAAGGACUACUACGUGGAUUUCCGUGACAUUGGUUGGAACGACUGGAUCAUUAAGCCCGAGGGCUACCAGAUAAACUACUGUGUGGGCCAGUGCCCUCUGCACGUGGCAGGCAGCCCUGGGAUGGCAUCUUCCUUCCAUACAGCUGUCUUCAACCUCGUCAAAGCUAACAACAUCCAGGCAUCAGGGCACUCCUGCUGUGUGCCCACGCGACGCCGGCCUCUCUCUGUCCUCUACUUUGAUCGCAACAGCAACAUUGUCAAGACUGACAUUCCUGACAUGAUUGUUGAUGCCUGUGGCUGUAGCUAGGGCUGGGGGAGCACUUCUGGAUUCCCCCUCCUCCAGGACUGUCUCUCUGGUGGGGACUGCAUGGGGAGAAGCUCCCUCGGGCUGCAGGCUGACUGCAGUGCAAUGGUGUGGGAUGGGGAAUGGGUCUGUUCCCUCAAAGCGGAGAAACUUGGGGGGAGGCAGUCCUGUUUUUCUCCCCCACUAUAGCAAAUCUCGCAUCAAAUCUGCGCUAUUGUUGGGGACAGGGGAGUGAGGCACAAAUAAGAGGCCAGAAAGCGGAGGAUGAAGGGUAUGGCUUUGCCAAGGACCCCAAAACCACAACGGCAAGACGCAGUCCUCUGCUCCCAGGAGGAUGUGCAGCUGUGAAGGAUAGCCUUGCUUCUGGCCAGGUCCCAUGCGCUUCCCCCCUCAUUCCCUUGGGCUUCAAACUUUUCCCUGCUGCCCACCCCACCAGUCAGGUUUCUUCCAGCCCAGUGCCUCCUUACAGGGAGGUCUGAGUCAGACUUUGCCUUUAAGGCCGUAUUAAAGGUGCAGAUUUUUUGUUUUUUUUGUACCUCUAGUUUUGCAGCUAUUGCUACUUUAUCAUAGAGGUUUCUGCAGCAGCUGGGACUCCCUGGUGCUCUGUCCUGUCUACCCACAUCUCUAUUGAAGAUCCUACUCUGCCUUUGUUUUUCUGGUGCUCAUGUAUGCAAUGCACCCACGUGCUCUGUGCUUUUAAUUUAUUUUAAUACUUUGGUGCAGCUUUCCCAAUAAAUGGGUGGAAACGCAA